AUGAGCAACUUUGGGGAGAUUUUGAAGGAGAUUAAUUCGUUUGGUUUAUUUCAGAAACGUUUGGUGGUUGCAUUAUGCAUCCCAAGCAUAUUUCUAGCUUUUGACGUUAUUGGCCAGGUGUUUGCUGGCAUGAGCUUCCCACACCACUGCAACACCGACUGGAUCGUGGAGCGUGGGCCCAACCUGACAGAAGAGAGGCAAAAAAAUCUGACCAUCCCAGUGAAGGAGGAUGGAGGCUUUGAGAGCUGUUUGAUGUUCACGCCGGUGGAUUGGGAUUUGGAAAUGAUUGAAAAAUAUGGGAUCAACACCACAACAGAAUGCGUUAAUGGAACAGAUUUUGAGGCACCCGGUGGCGCCUCCAGCAUUGUGACAGAGUUUGACCUGGUGUGUGACAGGAGCAGCUUCAUUGAAGCAUCACAGUCCAUCUACAUGGCCGGUCUUCUGGUUGGAGCACUGGUCCUGGGCUCCAUGGCUGACAGGUUUGGUCGCCGCUUUGUUGUCCUGCUUUCACUCCUCUUCCUGAUGGUUUUUGGUGUGGGAGUUGCUUUCUCACCCAACAUCUACGUUUUUAUAGUUCUCCGAUUUUUAGGCGGAAUCUCGGUCUCCGGCAUUGUUGCUAAUUCAUUUGUAAUAGGAGGAGAAUGGAGUGAUUCUUCCAGGUUUGCAUUGUGCACCAUUAUCUGCCACUCCACUUUUCCUCUUGGACUGAUGCUGAUGUCUGGUGCUGCCUAUUUGAUCCGCAAUUGGAGGAUCCUGCAGCUGGUGCUCUUCUGCCCACUUAUCCUCGUUCUGGGUAUUUUCUACUGGAUUCUUCCCGAAUCAGCUCGGUGGCUCAUUACCCAGGGCCGCAAGAAAGAUGCUAUAAAGGAGAUCCAGAGGGCAGCCAAGGUGAACAAGAGAAAGGUCCCCAAAGACCUGUUGGAGAAGCUGGAGGAUGAGACUACAAUCAAAAGAGGAAACAUGUUGGACAUCUUCAGGAUAUCAUAUCUGAGAAAACGUGCUCUCAUCAUGAGCUACGUCUGGUUUGGAACUAGUCUGAUGUACUAUGGACUGAGCCUGAACGUUGGCAGUUUUGGUCUGGAUAUUUACCUGACACAGUUCAUCUUUGGUUUGGUAGAAUUUCCCGCACGUCUGGGCAGUCUGCCUGUCCUCCAGCUCAUUGGGAGAAGGAUUGGUCAAGCAGUAGUGUUACUUUUUGGAGGUUUAGCUUGUCUUGGGAUCCUUGUUAUACCAAAUGAUCUUCCCAUAGUAAUAACAGUUAUAGCUGUACUGGGAAAAUUUUCUGCCACUGCAAGCUUUUCCAUAGUCUAUGUUUAUACGGCAGAAUUAUAUCCCACCAAUAUAAGGCAGAACGGUGUGGGUCUGAACUCCAUGUUGGCUCGUGUGGCAGGCAUCCUUGCUCCUCUAAUCAGGCUUCUGGGCACCUACCAUUACACCAUUCCCAUGCUGAUCUAUGGAAUCAUCCCCCUUGCUGCUGGGGGUCUCUGUUUACUACUACCCGAAACCCGUAAUGUUGAGCUUCAGGACUGUGCCGAACUUACCAAACUUGAGGAUGGGGCUGCUGAGAAUGGAUCUUUGACUAAAGUGGACAAAAUGGAAAAGAGCACAAAACUGUGAUUUAUAUAGUGAAUUUAUAUGGUUCACAC